CCGGUGAGCACGGACGGAGCGCCUUCCCGCACGCACGCUCCUACCGCGCACACACACCCACACGCCCGCACGCCCUCACAGACACAGGGCCAGUGAUAGUGAUACCAGUGAAUAGUGACCAACCCUUACCCCCUGACGCCCCCUCAUUACCCACACCCCUUGCCAUGGACCAGGGGGCGCCGCGCCAGGCCUAAUGGGCGGGAGACACGUGCCCACGCCCCUCCUGGCCGCCCUUCUGCUGGCGGGCCUGGCUGGGGGCGUGGGCGGCCAGGACGACGCCCCCCCAGCGCCCCAGGACUGUGGCUGCGGCGGGAGUGUGGCGCUGGCGGUGGUGGUGUCGGUGGUGGUGACCCUGGUGGUGGUGGCGCUGGUGUUCUUCUGCUGCAAGCGAGGCUCCUCUCCUGCAGGGCGGAAGACAGACGCGGAGGUGGGAUCUGCUGCAUACGAUAACCCACAUUUUCAAUACGAUGACGGGACCACGGACGGCCACCGCGGGGCCUCGGGAGGGGGCGGGGAGGGAAUCAGCGACAAAUCUAUGACCACACUGGAGAAGCUGGUCCACGCCGUCAGAACCUCAGGGGGGAGAAACGCCUCGCCCAAACGCACCAGAGAUGACUCCCAGCUGGCGGAGGCGUCGGUGGUGGCGGUUCCUCUGCGCGGGAGGGACUUCACGGGGCUUGGUUUCAACAUCUACGGCAACAUGCGGGACGGUGUGUUUGUGAAGGACGUGCUGCACCGCGGGCCAGCCUCCGAGGGCGGCGCCAUCGCUCCAGGUGACCGCGUGUUGGGCCUGGCGGUGAGCACGGAACACAUGGUGCACGAGGACGCCCUCACCAUCCUGAGCUACGCCUCGCCCUACCCGGUGCUGCUGCUGCUGGAGAAGGCUGCGCCGGGCACCGCUGCUCGACGUCCGCCUGCUGCCUCGGCGGGCCGCCCCGUGCAUCCCUUCUACCGCAGCCAGAGCAUCGACGACUUGGCCAAGAUCGGCAAGGCGGACAUGUCCCGUGUGCGCGCUGCGCGGGUGUCGGGCGCCUCGCCCCAAGGGUUAGACGUGUCUCGCCCUGAUCUUGUGGGUGGCCUGUCCCUGGGGCCUCCCCGCCCCACCGCGGCGCCGCGCACCACCGCUGCCGUGCAGCGCGAGGCUCCAGAGCGACACUCAGAGCGUGCCAUCGACGUACCGGGAGCGGCGCCCUCUCACGCCCACGCCACGAGGGAAGGCGCGGACCUCGCCGCUGACAAGUCAGAGUCGCGGCUCAAGUUCGGCAUCAAGGUGCUGCCGGACCUGACGGGGCGCGACAGCGGCGGUGUGGACGUGGAGGCUGGCGGCGUCGGCGGCGUGGCGGCUGAGGUGGAGGCGCCACGAGUCUCAGCGCCGCAGCUCAACAUUGAGAAGGAAGGCACGAGUGCCGCCGAGAGCCUGGAGGUGGAGGGCAAGAGGCCGCCCGGCGCCAAAUUUGGCAUCAAGCUGCCGCAGGUGCGGGCAGGCGGUAACCUCAACCUACAGGGUAGCGGUGGCGGCGGCGGCAAGUUUAGCCACGAGCCCAAGACAGACGAUGAGAAGCAGGAGGCCAAGGGGUCCCUGGGGCUGAGCCUGGGACUUGAAGGACGCACGCGGGGGCGAGGCUCAGACUCCGAGUCUGCCGAGGACCAGCCUGACGGACACGGGCGAGUGGGGGGACUGGGCUUUUCCUUCGGCCUGCAGGGCCCAGACCACGACACGGGGGCCUCGGACGAGGAGAAGGUCAAGUCUAAACACACGGGAUCGCUGAGCCUCGAGGGCCCCGAGAUGGAGGUUGAGGCGCCCCAGGGGCUGAGCCUGGGCCUGCAGGCUCCCGAGGGCGCCGCGACGGCGGAGACCGAGGACGCAGACAAGGGAGGUUUCAGUCUUAAAUUUAAGAAGCCUGACCUGACCCUGCCAGAGCUGGGGUGGGGCAAAGACAAGGCCAAGAGCGGCCAGGAGGAGGGCGCGACGCGGGUCGGUGCUGAGCUGGCGACCCCGUCUGGUGACCUGCGGGCCGAGGUAGAGGCUGACUUGGACGCUCCUGACGGCGACAAGGGCCACAAGGGCUUCGGACUGGGUUUCAAGGGCCCGGACAUCAAGCUUCCUGGCUUCGGCUUCAAGGAGCGUGGCGAGGAGAACAAGAAGCAUGAGGGCGAGGCCAAGACGAGGGAGAGCCAGGGACACGGCCACGUCCAAGGCGUGGACCUCAGCCUGCAGGGGCCCGAGGUGAAGCUGCCCGCCCUGGACGUGAAGCUGAAGGGUGAGGACGGUGAGGGAGAGGAAGACAAGGACGGCGCCACGGACGAGGAAGACGGCGGGAAGAAGAAGAGCAAGAAGAGUAAAAAGGGCUUCAGCUUUGGCUUCAAGGCGCCUGACUUCAGCCUGGGCGGCAUGGGGCUGCGGGGACGCAGUGACGGUGGCACACAAGGGGACAGCUCGGAGGAGGACGACAAGAGGAAGGGCAGCAAGAAGCGCAUGGAUGUGUCACUGAAAGGCCCUGAAGUGAGUGUCCCUGGCGUGUCCCUGAAUAGUGAGGGAGGUGCUGCUAUGGACCUAGGGCACCUUGCCACGCAGAGGGUCACCCUGGAGGGCCAGCAGUCAGGAAGCGUGGGCGUGGACCUGAAGGCACCCACACUUGACCUGAAAGGACCUAAAAUGACAUUAGACACCCCUGAGGUUGAAAUUGACCCUAAUGUGGACCUCAAAACCCCAGAGUUUGACCUGAAGGGCCCUGAUAUGAAACUCAAGGAGCCCAAGAUUGACGUCACCUGCCGUGAAGUGGGCCUACCCAGCUUAGGCCUGAAGGGAGAGGCGGGCAAGCUUCAGAGAGAAGUGGAGGGAGUGAAGCCAAGCGUCACUCUUCCUUCUGCUGGUCUCCAGACUUCAGUCAACCUCCCGGACACUGAGGAAAGCGCGGAUUUGAAGCUAAAAGACAAGAGUAAAAAGGGAGGCUUCAGUUUUGGCUUCAAGGGGCCAGACGUCAGCCUGCCCAGCAUGAGUGUCAAAGGCAGGAAGGGCGAAGGGGAGGAAAGGGAAGAGUCGGAAGAUGAAGCUGACAAGGACAAGAAGAGUGGCAAGAAAGGCUUCAGUUUUGGCUUCAAAGGGCCUGACGUCAGCCUGCCCAGUGUGAGUCUCAAGGGCAAGGCAAAAGAAGAUAAGGAGAGGGAAGAGGAGGAAUCAGACAUUGAAGACGAGAAGGAAAAGAGUAAAAAGGGAGGCUUCAGUUUGGGCUUCAAAGGGCCUGACGUCAGUCUGCCCAGCAUGAGUCUCAAGGGAAAGACUAAGGGAGAUAAAGAGGAAGAGGAAGAGGACGAUGAUGAUGAUAAAAAGAAGAAUAGAAAAGGCUUCAGUUUUGGCUUCAAGGGACCUGACGUCAGUCUGCCCAGCAUGAGCAUAAAGGGCAAGGCAAAGGGCGAGAAGGAAGAGGAAGAAUCAGAGGAGGAGGAGGAUAAUGACACGGACAAGAAGAGCAAGAAAGGCUUCAGUUUGGGCUUCAAAGGGCCAGACGUCAGCCUACCCAGCGUGAGUCUCAAAGGUAAGGCGAAGGGAGGUAAAGAGGAAGAAGAGGACGACGACGAUGAUGAUGAUGAUGAUGAUAAGAAAAAGAGUAGAAAGGGCUUCAGUUUGGGCUUCAAGGGACCUGAAGUCAGCCUGCCCAGCAUGAGUCUGAAGGGAAAGGCGAAGGGAGAUAAAGAGGAAGAGGAAGAGUCAGAUGAUGAAGCCAGUAAGGAGAAGAAAAGUAAGAAGGGCUUCAGCUUUGGCUUCAAAGGGCCAGAUGUCAGCCUGCCCAGCGUGAGUCUGAAAGGAGAGGAAGGAGGAGGUGCUGAUGAAGAUAAGAAACAGGUGGAAGAUGAAGAAGAGAAAGAAAAAACAAGAAAGGGCUUCAAUUUUGGCAUUAAAGGCCCAGAUUUCAGCCUGCCAAGCUUCAGCCUCAAAGGAAGUGGCGGCGGGGACAAAGAGGAGGAGGACAAGGAGGAUAAAAAAUCAGAUGAAUCCAAGAAGGAAGAUGACAGUAUAAGGAGCUUUAAUCUGGGCUUCAAAGGACCAGACAUCAGCUUACCAAAUCUGAGUUUGAAAAGGGAGAAGGAAGAAGAGGAUGAGGAAGAGAAGAGGAAGGAAAAGGAGAAGGAUAAGAAGGGUGGCUUCAGUUUUGGCAUCACAACACCAGAUAUUAACAUGCCAAGCUUCAGUCUGUCAGGCAAACAAAAGAAACCAGACGGGGAAGUUUCAGAUGAAGAGAAGGACGGGAAGGACAAAAGCUUCAAACUCGGUCUCAGAGGCCCUGACAUGUCUCUCCCAAGCUUCACCGCCAAGGGCAGUGAAGCUGAAGCCAAGAUCCCGAGUCCUGAAGUUCGGUUGGCUUCACAUGGCAGUCUUGAAAGUCGCAUAAGUGAAGCCAAUCUCCCAGAGAAAAAUAUGUCUCUAGGAAUUGAAGCCCCUGACGUCAGACUUCAAUCUGGCAAGCUCGAGGCUUCAUUUGACCCUCCUAAUGCGAGACUUCCCACUGUAGGUCUUGAGUCCAGUGAAGCUGAGAAGGACAAGAGUAAAAAGGGAGGGUUCGGUUUUGGCUUCAAGGGGCCAGACGUCAGCCUGCCCAGCAUGAGUGUCAAAGGCAGGAAGGGCGAAGGGGAGGAAAGGGAAGAGUCGGAAGAUGAAGCUGACAAGGACAAGAAGAGUGGCAAGAAAGGCUUCAGUUUUGGCUUCAAAGGGCCUGACGUCAGCCUGCCCAGCGUGAGUCUCAAGGGCAAGGCAAAAGAAGAUAAGGAGAGGGAAGAGGAGGAAUCAGACAUUGAAGACGAGAAGGAAAAGAGUAAAAAGGGAGGCUUCAGUUUGGGCUUCAAAGGGCCUGACGUCAGUCUGCCCAGCAUGAGUCUCAAGGGAAAGAAAGGAGAUAAAGAGGAAGAGGAAGAGGACGAUGAUGAUGAUAAAAAGAAGAAUAGAAAAGGCUUCAGUUUUGGCUUCAAGGGACCUGACGUCAGUCUGCCCAGCAUGAGCAUAAAGGGCAAGGCAAAGGGCGAGAAGGAAGAGGAAGAAUCAGAGGAGGAGGAGGAUAAUGACAAGGACAAGAAGAGCAAGAAAGGCUUCAGUUUGGGCUUCAAAGGGCCAGACGUCAGCCUACCCAGCGUGAGUCUCAAAGGUAAGGCGAAGGGAGGUAAAGAGGAAGAAGAGGACGACGACGAUGAUGAUGAUGAUGAUGAUAAGAAAAAGAGUAGAAAGGGCUUCAGUUUGGGCUUCAAAGGGCCAGACGUUAGCCUACCCAGCAUGAGUGUGAAGGGAAAGACUAAGGGAGAUAAAGAGGAAGAUGAAGAAGAGGACGAUGAUGAUGAUAAAAAGAAGAAUAGAAAAGGCUUCAGUUUUGGCUUCAAAGGGCCUGAUGUCAGCCUGCCCAGCAUGAGUUUGAAAGCGAGUACAAAAGUAGAUAAAGAGGUGGAGGAGGAGGUGGAGGAAGGGGACGAUGAUGAUGAUAAGAAGGGUAGAAAGGGCUUCAGUUUGGGCUUCAAAGGGCCAGAUGUCAGCCUGCCGAGCGUGAGUUUGAAAGGCAAAGCAAAGGGCGAGAAAGGGGAGGAGGAGGAGGAAGAGGACGAUGAUGAUGAUGAUGAUGAUAAGAAAAAGAGUAGAAAGGGCUUCAGUUUGGGCUUCAAGGGACCUGACGUCAGCCUGCCCAGCAUGAGUCUGAAAGGAAAGGCAAAGGGAGAUAAAGAGGAAGAGGAAGAGUCAGAUGAUGAAGCCAGUAAGGAGAAGAAAAGUAAGAGGGGCUUCAGCUUUGGCUUCAAAGGGCCUGACGUCAGCCUGCCCAGUGUGAGUCUGAAGGGCAAGGCAAAGGGUGAUAAAAAGGAAGAACAGGAAGAAUCAGAGGAUGAUGAUAAUGACAAGGAGAAGAGUAGCAAGAAAAGCUUCAGUUUAGGCUUCAAAGGGCCUGACGUCAGUCUGCCCAGCGUGAAUCUGAAGGGUAAGGCAAAGGCUGAUAGAGAAAAAGAAGAAGAAUCAGAUAAUGAAGAUGAGAAGGAAAAGAGUAAAAAGGGAGGGUUCAGUUUUGGCUUCAAAGGGCCUGACGUCAGCCUGCCUAGCGUUAGUCUGAAGGGCAAAGCAGAGGGUGGUAAAGAGGAAGAGAAGGAGGAGGAGGAAGAGAAAGAAGAACACAUUAAGGACAAGAGUAAAAAAGGCUUCAGUCUGGGUUUCAAAGGGCCUGACCUCAGCAUGCCCAGCCUCAGCUUGAAGGGUAAUGAAGGGAAGGGGGAGGAAGAGGAGAAGAAGAAGGAUGAAGCUAAAAAGGAGGAAAAGGGUAAACAAGGUUUCAGUUUUGGCUUCAAAGGCCCUGACGUCACUGUACCGAGUGUGAAGCUAAAAGAGAGCGACAUGAAGCUUGGUGAGGGUAGGGCUGGUGUGACUGUGGAGACCCCUGAAGCUCACGCCCCUCAUCUCAGUCUGCGGGCACGAGGACCUGAGCUUCAGACUGACGAGAAGGGCGCAAAGAAGGUCUUCACUUGGGGUAUCUCGGGCCCCACUGUCAAUCUGAAGGAAGCUGGGAACGAAACGGAUGAAGCUAAGGACAGAGAAGCUAAGAAGGGCUUCAGUUUUGGCAUGAAGGCCCCUGAAGUCAGUUUGCCCUCCAUGAGCCUGGGGGCCUCUGGUGAGGCCAAGAGAGUCGAGGGCGUGGCGGUGAGGGAGGAGGCCGCUCUGGCCGUCCAUAGCUCUGCCCUCAGUGUGGGCGCCGUGCAACCCCACUAUAAACACUCUGACGGGGAAAGAAGCCCCAACAAGUCCAAGAAGUCCUUUGGCUUGGGCUUCAAGGGGCCCAGUCUGAGCCUGAAAGGGAGAGUUGGCGGCGAAGCAGAGCGAGGUCAAGAGAGUGAGGAUGAGGCUGGUGGCGGUGGUAUCACCAUGGAGGCACCUGUCCCCAAGGUGCAGACCCCGGGCGUGGCCGUGCCCUCUCUGGCACUGCGGGUGUUCUCCCCGGAGGCCAAGGGCGGUGUGGGGGAGGUGCGGAUGAAGGCGCCUCGCCUCAGCCUAGGACAUGCAGCACAGGCUGCCUCGCCUGACCUCAGCCUGGAGGCACAGGACAUGGAUGUGGAGUGUGACCUGCCCGAGGCUGACAUUGACCUCAAGAAGGCUAAGAUUGACCUGCCCGAGGUGGACCUGGAGCGUGGCGUGCUGGAGGCAGAGGGCGCCGCCCCGCGUUCUGGCGUGGAAACGGAGAGUGCCAGACUGUCCCCGGGCUUCGGCAUGGCAUUUGGCUUCAAGGGCUUCAAGAAGCAUAUUGGCCUCGACUCCCGCGACACCAGCCUGACGGAGGUGGAGGCCGAGGCCGCCACCAGGCAGACCGUGGAGGUAGCGGUAGAGGCGCCCACGCCCGCCACCAGACAUUCCCUUGAGGCCACCGCUAAGAGCGUGAACGCCUCUUUGACAGAGGGAGCCGUGAGGGUGAAGGCGGCAGCUCCUGCCAUCCCCACCGCCGCAGUGGAGGUGGAGACGGAGAAGGGUCGCGGUAAGGCCAAGGCCAAGGAAGAGGACGAAGAGGAGAAGACAAAGGUGCGGCACAAGUUCGGUCUAGGCUUUGGGUUUCGCAAGUCCUCAGACAGCGAGGAGGAGUCCCGCGAACCCACGUCCCUGGAGCCUGACCCAGACCGCAGCUCGGCGCGGGACGACAAAAAGAAGGGCCGCGGCAAAAUGAGUUUUGGCUUCCGAGGCUUCUCGCGCUCCUCAGACACGGAGGAGGAGCACCACUCAGAGAGAGCGUCAGAGGCGUCCGCUGAGCGCGAGGGCGAAGACGAGCGUGCGCGGCCCAAGGUGAAGGGUGGCCUCAGCUUUGGCUUCAAGGGUAGAGGCAGCCGCAGCUCAGACUCGGAGGACAGUGCGGAGCAGCAACAUGGCCGCGUGGACACAGCCCCGCUGCCGCAUGCUGAGGUGGCCCACGCAAAGCAGAAGCUGAAGCCAAGCCUCAGCUUCGGCUUCAAAGGCAAGAGCAAGAGUUAUGACAUGGAUGGCGGUGAGGCCGAGGCUGACUUGCCGCGGCGCGAAGUAGAGGGGGAGGAGGAGGUGAAGGUGAAGACCAAGUCUAGCCUCAACUUUGGCCUGCGAGGCUUUGGCAAGACCGAAGCCAAGUAUGACAUGAAGAGUGACUCCGAGGCAGGCGAGGCAGAGGACGCGGCAGCCCGCGCCCACCUCAAACAGCAACAGCAGCAGCAGCAGCAGCAAAAGGGACGUGGGUUCGCCUUCCGCAGCCGCAGCGGGCGCAACACGUCAGACUCCGAGAGCCACGAGGCGGAGGACCGCGUGGAGCACGACACUCGGGGUGGCGAGGACAAGACCAAGGAGCCCAAGAGCAAGGGCCUCAAGCUGGGCUUCAAGGGAUUCAAGAACCUGAAGGGCAAGAUCCAGACCGAGAUCAGCCGCAUGCGUCACGACAGCCACUCCAGCGAAGACGAGGCAGUGCGCGAGGCGCCAGACGGCCAGCUGGCAGAGCCCACCGAGACCAAAAGGCCCAAGAAGAACCCUAAGAAGAAGAAGGACAAGGACAAGAAAGCUAAGAAGGAGGACGAGGACGCCCUUAACACCUCUGAGGAGAACGCCAUGGCCCUCGCCGCCGCAGCUGCCAAGGACCACCGCAGGAAGCGGCCUGAAAAGGCCGGCUCAUCCUCAGCCUCCUCUUCCUCCUCCUCUAGUUCCUCCUCCAGUUCGGAUGAGGACGACGAGAACCUGCCUGAGGGUAAGAAAAGGAAGCGUGGGCGAGGUCGAGGACGCCAGGUGACCAUGGGCGUGACGGAGGUGACGGUGGGUGAGCAGCAGGAGCAGCAGCAGCAGUUCAUGGAGGUGGAGGUGGUGGAGAGCGUGGAGGCCACUGCCCGACGCGUGGACGUGGUGCUGCCCAGGUUGUCCUCCGUGGAAGGAGACACCGUCCCCUACAAGCGGCGAGCACCCAAACCUCCAGGCCCUGAUGGGGGCGCCGCGGGAUCCACCAGCGUGGUGGUGAGAUCUGUGCAGCUCAAGAGCUCAGCGCCGCCAGAUGAGAGCGAGCUGGAGCGUGCGGAGCGCGUGGAGGUGGUGGAGGUGGUGGAAGUGAUGGAGCGCACAGUGAGAGAGAGGAAAGUGGCGCAGCCUGCCCUGCCUGACGCGGCCUCGCUGGCCUCAGACAGCGAGGGGGAGCGUGAAGUGGUGCGUGGAGGAGGCCUGACAGCCUCCACACCCAAGCGCCCCACAGACUCUGAGGAGCUGAAACGUAAGGCGGCUUCGCUUGGCGACCUGUCCCGCCUACAGGCCGAGCCGGACCCUGUCAGUGUAGUGCUGGAGCGCGCCGUAUCUCUGGAUCUGACGCGCACAGCGCCACACCAGCCCGCGCUGCACCACUCACACCGCCUCACGCUGCCAGACUCCUCGGCCACGUCCAUAGAGGAGGAGCAGGGCCCCGCGGGGCUGCGCGAGGGCGGCGGUGCUGGCCUGCGGCGUGCCGAGCAGUGGGGCACUCUGGAGCAGGCGCUGCUGUUCCGUCGAGACAGCGAGUCUAGCCUGGCAGAGGCUGUGUCCCCCCGGGUGACGGGCCUGAUGGGGGAGGCUGACGGCGGCUACUACCACGAGGGGGAGUCCGUGUCACACAUAGAGAUCAGCGGCUCCACCUCCGUGACGGACGUGUCCUCGCAGUGGGUGACAGCCUCAGAGACCUCCCGCAGUAGCAUCACACUGCACCACAGCGGCGGUAGCGAAGAGCGCGAGGAGCCUCCCGCCCUGCCAACCACGCCCGUGCCCUCUGGCGGCACUACCAUCACCCUGCUGGAUGGUGACGCCACCAUCAGAGAAGCGCCGACCACUGCCACACUCGAAGAAGACGUGGUGGUGGUGCAGGGUGGCGCUGCCAGCGAGGAGCGCAAGGUGAGCAGCUUCAGUGUGCAGCUGCGGCAGGUGGGCGGCGCGCCACGCACCGUGCAGAGCAGCAGUUGCAGCAGCAGCCGCAGCAGCCUCAGCAGUGACAGUGAGCUGGAGGGCGGCGCUGCGGGCGAUGGCGUAACGGUGACUGUGGCGCCCAGAGUGAGCAGCCUGGACGUGAGUAGCGGCAGUGGGUCCCUGCCACCGCCCGUGCCGCCCAAACCACGCCCACGCACAGCUUCACCGCCGAAGCUGGUGGCGCCGCGGCGCGAGGCAGCGCUAGUGACGGUGCGGGAGAAUGGCGCCGUGGUGGUUAGCACGGAGGGUGGCGGCGGUGUGGUGGAGAGUGGAGCGGGUGAGACAGUGACUAUCGACACUGUGGAGGUGGGCGGUGACACCAUCCUGCUGGACGCCGGCGAGAACGGCGGCGGCAGUGGCCUGGCUCACGCACUGCUGCUGGCUGACAGGACCGCGCUGCCGCAGAAGUCCCUAACUCAGAUCACGGUGGACGGCGGCCGCUACAUCGUGAACGAGGGCGGCCUCAGCCAGACCCUCAUCAUCUCCACCCCGGCGCGCCCGCAGGCCUCGCCCCCAGGCCCCGAUUCUCCCCCGCCCACCCUGCAGCCCCCAGAGUAGUGGCCCCGACCCGCCCCGCCCCGCUGGCGCUUCUGGAUAAAUUACCCCUGAGCGCCGCGCGCGUCCAGCUCCCAGCAUUUAGGGGCUGCUGCACCACGCCCCCGCCUCUUAAUCCCAUCCCCCCCAUCCCCGACCACAGUUCCCAGUCCCGUCCCAGGGCACCUCCCCAUGGCCAAGGUUCAAAUGUACGAGUACUUUAUACGCCGUCCUGCCCUCCCCCAACUUCCCCGCCGCCGCUGUUAGAGUAGGCAGACUCGUCCUGUAUAUUGGUUGAAGGUGUAUUAGCGCGGUACUGUUUUGUAUUUAAUACGAGCAAUUUUAUACGUGGGUGUAUAUAAGACUGUACUAAUAAUAGAGUAGUUAUCGUGUUAUUUUUUGUACGGUAAGCAGUGCAUAGCGAGCCACUUAACCACUACUACUACUACCACCACUACCACUAUCACUACCACUGCUAUACAUAACGGUAACAAUAGUCAUAGCAAACAAAUUCGUUCGUAACACACACACACACACACACACACACACACACACACACACACACACACACACACACACACACACACACACUCACUGGUGAAUGGAUGGAGCCAAGUAUUCUUCCCGCUAAGAGUGAGAGUCGUUGGGAGAGUGAAGGGCGAGACUGCCGCGUCUUCCUCGUGUGAUACCAAGGAGCUCAAGUGCCAUUAGCGUUAGAGACCGUCCGUAGAGAACAGUAGAUACCGCAAUAGAGAACAUUAAUAGGAACAGCCCCGCAAUACUUUAAAUACCGUCACGCAAACAGAAACCACAAUGGACAGUAAAAAAUGGAAACCCUCUUUGAAAACAUAAUCCUAGAAAUCACUCAAAUGCCGUCACGAGAAAACUGAAACCUCAGUAGAGAAUAAAUUACUAGAAACCGUAUCUAGAUAACAUUAAUUACCCUUAGAAAACACGUUAACAGCCCAAGCAAACUAGAAAAAUAUCAGUAGAAACCAGUAAAUCCCGGAAUGUAGAGAACUUUACUAGAAAACAUGAAUGAUUUCUGAAAACACUUAAGUGCCUUUACGGAAACCUUUAUAAAUCGCAUAGAGAACAACAGAUACCAAUACAUUAAAAAGAACUAGUACUGGAAACCUUUAGAACACGAUAUUAAAUGUCUUCUGACCGGUAUGAACACAACAAAAACGAAAUUAGAGAACAGUAUUACUAAUAUUCCAUAAAAAAAACAGUUGAACGUCGUUGUGAAAGAAGUAAAACCCUCUGAUAGAAAACAUUAAUAGCUAACUCCUUUGAAAACCUUAUCAACCGCCUCUAGAAACCAAGAGAAACCUAAUUAGAAUAAAUGCCUCUCAGAAAACACUGAUGAACAACAAAACCGGAAAUAGAGAACGCCAGAGGAAAAGAACAUAAGAAAAUAUUUGACAGAAAAUAAAGAAAAAAGGCAAAUAAAAUUGUCUUCCAUUUGACGUGACGGGAAGAAAAAAAUAUAAGAAAAAUAACAAAAAAUGAAUAAAAAACAACAUAGUCUUCCAUUAAAAAAUAUAUAUUUGCUUAGGAUCAAAAUAACUGUUUAUAUUCCAGAAAGUGUAGCAAUAAUAGACUUAGAAAGGCCAUUUAAACCUCCUUACAUUUAUAGUCUCACCCCUGCACUCCCUUGCAACAAACAGUAAUAUAAACCCGUGUCUAUUUUCAAGCUUUUUUUUUAUACGCUCACGAUAAAUAAUAGCAAUAAUAGAAUAGAAAACGCCAUUUUAACCUCCUCAUAUAUAUUUUAUACCCCCGUAGCCCCUUGAAAUAGUAAUACCAACAUGGCUGCUCCCAGUAUUA